AUGAAUAGGCAAACCGUUUUUGUUGACAUAGGAUAUAAAUUUGCUAUAAAUAACAAUGCAUCUACAUAUGAAAAUGACGCAUCACAAAAUUUCUCCUUUCGGGAUUACUUACAAAAGGACAACCCAUUGGUGACCGAAGAACUUGACAAUAGAGCGUGGAAGAAUAGAUUUAUUGGAUUUAUUGGAGAGGCAAAACAAUCGAUCAUUGAUGACAAGUUAAUUACAAAGAAACCAAGAGGAUCAAGAUCAUUUAAUACAAAUUAUUACCUCCGAAAAAUUUCAAGAGCAAUUAAUAGAAAGAAAGAGAAAGUCGAGGAUGAAAGGAAUUUCGAGUGGACAGCUGCUUUCGUUGUUUUAAGGCCGAAUAAAAACCACUGUGCAAAGGAAGGACUUUCUGGACACGAAAAAGUAAUUUAUCCUGAUCGUCUUGUACAAAAAUUCCAAGGAAGGCGAUUUAUUUCUUUGGAAACAACCGAAUUUUUGGAUUAUAAUGGUACCGAAUUAUUAUUUAUUGGUGCAAAGGAAGAUAUUGCUCAAGAUUUGGGCGAGGCAGGAAAAGAACUUGAGGAAUUGGCAGAAUACGAAACAAAAACAAUCGUUCCAUUUGCUGAACGUGUAGUCUUUGAUGAUUUACAUUUUGAAAAGGGUGUUUUGCCAAUUGAACCACUUCAUGGUUUAUGGAAAUAA